AUGUCAUCAGAGGGACCGCCGACAACAGUGCCCACUGCCCCCACUGCUUGCAGUGAGGUGGAGGGGGGCAAUAAAAAUACUGCACCGACGGAACCAACAACAACAACAAAAACUGCAGUAGAAACAACAAAAACAACGCCUGCAGUAGAAACAACAAAAACAACGCCUGCAGUGACAGCAGCUCCACCAGCAACGACACCUGCGGUAGCAACUGUUGCAACAGUGGCGGCAACAACAACAGCGGCAGCAGCACCAACAGCAUCUGCAGUAGAAACAACAAAAGCAUCGGCAGUGACAGCAUCAGCAUCAGCAUCAGCACCAACAACAACAACAACGACAACAGCGACAACAACAGCGACAACAGCGGCUGCUACAAAACCGGCAGCAGAGGCUUCUUCAACGGUGUCUUCGCAGACAGUGGGUGCCCAUGAGGUAUCAUCAAAGAAAAAUGCACCUGAAGAGAAAGCGAACGGAGUGCGUGAGCAGACUGGUGUACCUGCAGCAAAGGAGGGAUUAGUGGUAGAUACACCAAUUGUAGUAUCAUCACCGAAGCCAAAUCUAAAUGCCAACGCGGAGUCCUUUACACCAGUUUCUGCGAGCCUGCAAAGAUCUUUAGGUACUUAUCCCGUAACCCCCAACCGAAAGGUGUCGAAUACGACGAACAGGAGUGAGAUGCGUGGGAGUACGUCGAGAAAUAUUCAGCAUGGGCCGCCGCUCCCCCCACCGCCGCCGCCGCCGCCGAUGUACCCGGCCUCCAUGAUGUUGCCGGCCCUCAUUCCAAACAUGCCGCCGCCCCCGCCGCCCCCACCGCCGCCGUCAGCGACGCCGUUUUUUGUGCCGCCGCCGGGGAUGCAACCGCCGCCGUCGCCGCUGAUGCCGCACUUCGUGCCGAACCUCGCGGGAGUCCCGCCGCCGCCGCCGCCGCCGCCUUUUAUGCCGCCGCCUCCCCCGCCAUCGUGUGGAGGGCCCAUGUCGUUUCCCGGGCCCAUUGGCGUUGCCAUGUCAUCUAUGUUAAUGGCAAAGGGACCGGAUGCCUCUUUAUUGUCUUCUGUAUUUCCAAAUGGAUCGAUGGGACCACCACCGCCACCGCCACCAACCGCCAUGCCACCUCCACCACUGCAACAGCAGCAACUUCAACAAUUAGGUCUUGUUCCACAACCACAAGGUGUGCGUGUAAGUGUUGGUAAUGCCACUUUGGCAGCACUGGUGUCAAAGGAACCACCCAAGUUCUCCUGUGUGUUACUUUCUGGUAUUCCUGGUGUUGGGAAGACAACAAUGGGUCGAGAAUUGGUUAGUGAAUUAAAGAGGGAUGGACUCGGAUGGGUCUUCUUUUCAGGAGCUGAUUUUCUCGCAGGAACAACUGCAAAACGACCAGCAUGGGAGACUACAAAGGAGGUAUUUGAUGCUCUUCAAAAACGUCUUGAUGAACUUCUUGAGCAACAAAAGAAUGAACGAAAUGUUAAAGGACUUGUUAUUGACAAAAAUGUGAAAAGUAUUGAAGAUAUUUAUUAUCUUGCUGCUUUGCUCAAGGCUCGACAAAUUCCUUUUGUUGGCAUUGUAGGCAUGGAGGCAGAAAAUGAUGAUGUACUUUUGAAACGUAUGGGUGGUGGUGAAGAACUUCGUGAAAAGUUAAAAUAUCACCGUGUUAUUCAUGCUAGAGUUCGUGCCCUAGCCAAAAGAGCAGGAAUGUAUCGUGAGAUUGAUGCAACGAAAUCUAUGGAAGAAGUAUUAAAUUCACUUCGUACAAUGGUACUUGGAUGUUGUGCACAGCCACCACAACGUGGUAUACGAAUAGACCUUUAUGGUGAUUCUACGGCAACUGCUAUGGUGGAUAAUCAUACCGAGUUCUGUGAUGUACUGACAAAACUCUUUGAUCUUGUUCAAACUACAAAAGGAUUAGUUCCACAUUACCCCGGAACGGCUGAUUUUACACCGUUUUCAACGCGGGAAAUGACUGAAAAGAAUCGUGUUUCCACUAUUAAGUCCGGUUAUGGUGUUCGUCGUUUAAACAGUGGUGGUCGUCACUUAUUACUCUACCAUAAUGGAAGUCUACAUCUUAUUCCAACACACCUCAAGGCAGUACUUCGAAUGCCGGAAAAGGCAUGGUUGGGGAGCAAAUUAGAUACUGUUGGUUCUUUUGUACUUGAGGGUGAUUUGGUUCGACUUAAUAAGGAUCGUUCUGGGGAGAAAUUUUUGGUCUUUGAUGCCCUAUUUUGGAGUAAUGCAGAACACCCAGAAACGAAUGAAGUGAUGCGUAUGAACUGGGCAGAAAGACAGGCAUUUCUUGCUACUCAUUUACCUGCAGAAAAGAAUGCCGUUUUUCCUUCUGGUACGAACUGCAUUGUGGUACAUCAAGCAACUGUUAAACUUGAGGAAAUUCGUGAAAUGCUGGAAAGCAGUGAUUACCCAAGUGAGGGAAUUGUAUUUCAGCCUAUUCAUGCCGUAAAUACAUAUGAAAAGGUAUAUGUAUGGCGUCCACCAUCCAGCAUUACGGUUGAUUUCCGUAUUGGUGCUUUAAAGAGUACUACAACAGAUAUGAUCGUUUCAGAUGGCAGUAUAAAAGAGGGAGAUGGCGUCGUAACGAGUAGCAUCAACAGUCCCUCAUCCACUUCUCAUUUUCAACAGCAACAACAACAGCAGCAACAACAGCAGCGCUUGUCUAGUGUACUUUCUUUAGGUCAAAGUGUUUCAAGUCAGGGAGGUCUUGGUCGAAGUGUGUGUCAAGAUAAUAUUCCCACACGAACCUUUGAACUUGAGGUAUAUGAUAAGUAUGAAAAGGAAUAUACACAAUUUGAAGAUGGUACUGUUGAGGUAAGAAAUCCAGAUGUAGUGGAGGGUUGCAUUUGUUCCUGUGUGCUGGCGGAUGAAAAGAAACACACAUGGACGUUUGAACGUAUUCGUUAUGAUGCCCUUCGUCCAGCGUACAAGCGUGAUGUAGUCACAUUACUGGAAAACUGUAUUAUUCCAAAGGCUAAACUCAUACACUGGCUUGAACAUGAGAAGAUUAUUCCCCCCGCCCCAGGAAAUACACCACCCAUGCAGCCCAUCAUUCCAGGAUCUGCAACACCAAAAUCCACCGCAACACCAACAGGAACUCAAACACAUCAUGGAAUUGGUCUUCCAACAUAUGCCAGUGCUGUGAUGAUGCAGCAUGGUGGAAUUCCAGGAACUGUGCCUAUGCAUAUGCCUCCACCACCACCCGUAACAGAGAAGAGUGGAUAUCAAACUAUGUUUCCACGAACUUCACCUAACAGGAUGUCAAGUUCUCAGAAUUCUGUUAUGGCGGCACUCGCAGAUCCUGUUUACAAAAUACAUGGUCCAAUGAAUGCGGCUACGGAACCUCGUACAAAGACGCCUCAUACUAAACCUUCUUCAACUGGAGAUGUACAGCCUCUCUCCACAUUGGAACUGUUAACAACAAUGGUCCCAUCUGUGCACAUUGUUCGUACGGAUAGCACAAGUGAAAAGCAUAAAAGUAAUCAAAAGGACCAUUCACGCCAGCAACGUGAUCGUAGCGAACAACAUGGAGGACGUUCAAUGGAUGAGAAGGGAGGAGAUGAAAAGGGAGGCAACAGUAAAAAAUCAUCACGUCAUAACAAGACACAUCAGAGUGGUGGUCAAGGGAAUACAGAAGUUCCAGCCAACUGUGCGCAGUGUUCUAAGAAGCAACAGCCGGAGGAUCUUCGCCUUGACAAGCGAGAUCAGAAUUACUACUGCUAUGGCUGUUGGGCGAAACUAGGUUGGGAGUUCUGUCGAGAGUGUAAUGAGUUCAAGGAGGGUUAUCGUGAGCGAACACGGCGCCGUGUGGGGGACUUCUACUGCAAUGACUGUUGGGCCUCCUUCAAUAAAGACGGCAACGGCGAUAAGAAGCGGGCGGAUCGCGCCUCUAAACAGAAGAAUGACGCCCCGCAGCAGAAACAGCAGGACGGGGAGCCGCACACAACAACAACAACAACAGCGGCAGAUGUCGUUUCCAACGAAGUAGGCGAGAAGAGUGAGAGCGCACGGCGGCGAAGGGCGCAGAAGAAACCGCAGAAUAAAAAGAAAAAGAAGUCAGCGGGAGACUCCGCCGGUGAUCUCCACAACGCGGAGGAGGGAGGAGCCCCUCACAGUGAAUCGAAGCGGGAGGGGCCGGCGGGUGGAAAACAGAAGGGGCGGAGUAGAAGAAACGAGAAGCGAAGUCAAUCCGGGCCAAAAGAGAUGAUGAUUGCAGAGAGGCCGGAGUCCCAGAAUGAUGUUCCAAACGAUGUGAAUGUUCCAGUUGAGUAA